GAGAUCGUACCGUUUCAACGUUUUACGAUUAUCCAUCGUUUCUUAAAGAACUUAAUUUUACAAACUUGUUGGCUACUUUCAACAAAUAUGAGAGCUUUACAAAAAUCAACGCCAUACUCCGAAUGCUAACGAAACGUGGUGUUCGUCUGGAAUCAUUUAUAAUCGAUAACAUUGAUGCUAAGAACGACAGACUGUAUGGCAGUUGGGUAGCAGCAGAAUACGCUUCCAUACUCAGUUCUCUCGUCUUUGUCAGAAUACAUACCCCUUUUCAAAAGAAUAACGUAGUGAAAUCAUUAACAAAAAAUUGCACCAAACUAUCUCAUCUUGACAUCAAUCUUUACGUCGACCGUGUUGAAAAUUUGCUAUCUUCUCUGCAAGAACUGAUUUCCGUUCAGACCUGUCCGUUGAGUCUUCGGCUAAUGUUUGCAAAAAGGCCGGGUAAAAGACUAGUUGAGAUACUUCGAUCGCAUCGUGAACGUUUCAAACAUCUCGAACUUGUAAAAUGGGACUUUAACG